CGUGCGCCGCCGCCGCCAUUUUGGAGCGAUCCGAGUGCAGCCCGUGGCCCCGAGUCGGUCUCGAGCCGCCGGCCGGCCGUGCCGGUGUCCGUAGGCGCUGCGCCCUGGGCCGGGCCCAUGUGUGUGCGGCCCGCCCGAGGCCGCCCGGGCUUUGCCUCCACCAGCGCCCUGGCCUCCGCUCGGGCCUCCACACGGGCCUUCGAGGAGCUGCCGCGACGCCCGGCCCGCAGGGCAGGUAAAGAGAUUAUAAAUCUUCCACUGAAUGAAAAAAAUUUUCUUAAAGCUGCAUAUACUCCAAGAAAAAAACCACAAAUGUUUUUCUAUUUUGCCUGAAUACAUGAUUUAAACAAGAGAUUUCCACAGAAGGGUUGCCCACAUUUUCCCAAAUACAGAAUUCUAAACGAGAGAAUAGCAUCUUACCAGAGAGAUUGCUUCUCUUUUGGUAGGCGGUGGCCAAGAAGGAGCGCCAGAUAGCAUUAAGCCUUGGUCCCCAGGGCUCUUUCAUGGAACUAUAUGAUCAUAUGGGCAACAUUCUGUUGAAAUCUACCUUCUGUCUGACGGAUAUGCCAUCCUGAAAAAGUAAAGAAGCUGAACUUCAAGUUCCUUUCAUUUAGCAUUGGGCUUCCACCUUCUCUGUGGCUAGAAACAGGACCGUCCAGAAGUCACCUGUAACUGCCCUAUCUUGCAAGUUCUGAUUUUGGCAAAAAAAAAAAAAAAAAAAAAAAAAAAAGCUUUGACAAGGUUGGAUUCACUUCUUUCCCUGGAUUGUGUGUCAUCCAACUCCGCGGCCGUCACGAUGUUCUGGAAGUUUGACUUGAACACCACGUCCCAUGUUGACAAGCUGCUGGACAAGGAGCAUGUGACGCUGCAGGAGUUAAUGGAUGAAGAUGACAUCUUGCAGGAGUGUAAGGCUCAGAACCAGAAGCUGCUGGACUUCCUGUGCAGGCAGCAGUGCAUGGAGGAGCUGGUGAGCCUCAUCACACAGGAUCCGCCCCUGGACAUGGAGGAGAAGGUCCGCUUCAAAUAUCCAAACACAGCCUGUGAGCUUCUGACUUGUGAUGUGCCGCAGAUCAGCGACCGCCUCGGUGGGGACGAGAGCCUGCUGAGCCUCCUGUACGACUUCCUGGACCAUGAGCCGCCUCUCAAUCCUCUGCUCGCCAGUUUUUUCAGCAAGACCAUUGGCAAUCUCAUUGCAAGAAAAACCGAACAGGUGAUUACAUUUUUGAAGAAGAAGGACAAGUUCAUCAGCCUGGUGUUGAAGCACAUCGGCACCUCAGCACUUAUGGACCUGCUGCUGCGCCUGGUCAGCUGUGUGGAGCCAGCCGGGCUCCGGCAGGAAGUCCUGCAUUGGCUGAAUGAAGAGAAGGUCAUCCAGAGGCUUGUGGAGUUGAUCCACCCGAGCCAGGAUGAAGAUAGGCAGUCAAAUGCUUCUCAGACCCUCUGUGACAUAGUUAGGCUGGGCAGAGACCAGGGCAGUCAGCUGCAAGAGGCUCUGGAGCCAGACCCGCUCCUCACAGCGCUGGAGUCGCAGGACUGUGUGGAGCAGCUUCUGAAGAACAUGUUUGAUGGAGACCGGACGGAGAGCUGCCUCGUCAGUGGGACUCAGGUGUUACUCACCUUGCUGGAAACCAGGCGGGUCGGGACAGAGGGCUUGGUGGACUCCUUUUCUCAGGGACUGGAAAGGUCAUACGCUGUCAGCAGCAGCGUACUACACGGCAUUGAGCCUCGGCUGAAGGACUUCCACCAGCUCCUGCUCAACCCGCCCAAGAAGAAAGCGAUCCUGACCACCAUCGGUGUGCUGGAGGAGCCCCUGGGGAAUGCCCGUCUGCAUGGCGCCCGCCUCAUGGCAGCAUUGCUGCACACAAACACACCCAGCAUCAACCAGGAGCUCUGCCGGCUCAACACUAUGGACUUGCUGCUGGAUUUGUUCUUUAAGUACACCUGGAAUAACUUUUUGCACUUCCAAGUGGAACUAUGCAUAGCCGCCAUUCUCUCCCACGCUGCCCGUGAGGAGAGGACAGAAGCCAGCGGAUCCGAGAGCAGGGUGGAGCCUCCGCAUGAGAACGGGAACCGGAGCCUGGAGACUCCCCAGCCUGCCGCCAGCCUCCCUGACAACACAAUGGUGACCCACCUGUUCCAGAAGUGCUGCCUGGUGCAGAGGAUCCUGGAGGCCUGGGAAGCCAACGACCACACGCAGGCAGCGGGCGGCAUGAGACGUGGGAACAUGGGCCACCUCACGCGGAUCGCCAAUGCGGUGGUGCAGAACCUGGAGCGGGGCCCUGUGCAGACACACAUCAGCGAGGUCAUGCGAGGGCUCCCUGCAGAUUGUCGUGGCCGCUGGGAGAGCUUCGUGGAGGAGACGCUGACGGAGACGAACCGCAGGAACACUGUGGACCUGGUGAGCACUCACCACCUUCACUCCUCGAGUGAGGACGAGGACAUUGAGGGUGCUUUCCCUAACGAGCUGUCCCUUCAGCAGGCCUUCUCCGACUACCAGAUCCAGCAGAUGACGGCCAACUUCGUGGAUCAGUUUGGCUUCAAUGACGAGGAGUUUGCAGACCAGGACGACAACAUCAACGCCCCGUUUGACAGGAUCGCAGAGAUCAACUUCAACAUCGACGCUGACGAGGACAGUCCCAGCGCAGCUCUGUUUGAGGCCUGCUGCAGCGACCGCAUCCAGCCCUUUGAUGACGAUGAGGACGAGGACAUCUGGGAGGACAGUGACACUCGCUGUGCCACCCGGGUGAUGGCCAGAGCCAGGUUUGGAGCCCCCCAUGCUUCAGAGAGUUGCUCAAAGAAUGGCCCAGAGCGUGGAGGCCAGGACGGGAAGGCGAGCUUGGAAGCACACAGAGAUGCACCUGGGGCAGCUGCCCCACCGGCCCCCAGGAAGAAGGAAGCCCCCCCUGUGGAGGGUGACUCAGAAGCAGGCACCAUGUGGACGGCAGUGUUUGAUGAGCCAGCGAACUCGACACCCACAGCCCCAGGAGUGGUGAGGGAUGUGGGUUCCAGUGUGUGGGCAGCUGGCACCUCAGCUCCAGAGGAGAAAGGCUGGGCCAAGUUCACCGACUUCCAGCCUUUCUGCUGCUCCGAGUCAGGGCCCAGGUGCAGCUCUCCGGUGGACACAGAAGGCAGCCAUGCCGAGGGCAGCCGGAGCCAAGGCCCUGAGAAAGCCUUCAGCCCGGCUUCUCCAUGUGCCUGGAACGUGUGUGUCACCAGGAAGGCCCCCCUGCUGGCCACUGACAGCAGCUCCUCUGGGGGCUCCGACAGCGAGGAUGGCGACCAGAAGGCAGCGAGUGCCAUGGAUGCGGUGAGCAGGGGUCCCGGCCGGGAGGCCCCCCCGCUGCCCACAGCGGCCAGGACAGAGGAGGCUGUCGGCAGGGUCGGGUGUGCUGACGGCCGGCUGUUAAGCCCUGCCUGCGCCACGCCAAAGGAAGUGACUGCUGCCCCAGCCGUGGCUGUGCCCCCCGAGGCUACUGUGGCCAUCACCACAGCACUGAGCAAGGCUGGCCCUGCCAUACCCACCCCAGCAGUCUCUUCUGCAGUGGCCACGGCGGUCCCCCUAGGGCCCAUCAUGGCAGUCACAGCAGCCCCAGCCAUGGUGGCCACCCUGGGGACAGUGACAAAGGACAGGAAGACAGAUGCCCCGCCGGAAGGAGCUGCCUUAAAUGGCCCAGUGUGAUGCUGCUGCUGCCCGGCCAUGGCCCGCCCUGGUCAGGCUGCAUCCUUAAUCGAGAAAACUACCUGGUGAUGCAAUCUUUUUUUUUUAAUUUAAUUUAAUUUUAAAAUAAAUGCUGCAUUGGUAAAGCUGGCAGUUGAAACCAGUUGGACAGCCCAGCUUGCGUCUCUUCUGCCUGAGUGGGCCCCUCAGGUCACUCGUGCCCUGCUGGAGGACAGAGGGGGCACCUCAGCGCCCCCCAAGGCCCAGAGCACAGCAAUAAGGUCUGCCUGCAGGAGCUGGGGUGGGGGAUGGGGGCAGGACCCUGAGAUGCCACCAGGACCUGAUGGGCCAGGAAUGGCGUGGACAUGGAAGCUGUUUUUACAGAUUUUUUUUUUUUUUUUUUUUUUUUUU